GCUUCUCUCUCAUUAUUUAUUCAUAUACACUCACUCCCGGCUUCGUUCAGCUCAAUUUCAUUCGUCUAGGGCUCAAGAUUGCUGUGUCGAUCCACAAAUUGUGUUUCUCUAUCAAUUUCUCGGCAAUCUAGCACUACACAUGGCACCUGCGGAGCCUAACAGCAGUGGCGGAGCCACCCAAGGACAGCCGCCGGUUAAGGCGCCGGCGAACGACGCCAAAAAAAAGGAUGAGAAGAAGGACGAAGAUCUCUCGGAGGAGGACUUGGCGUUGAAGCAGCAAUUGGAGCUGUACGUAGAGAGAGCACAGGAUACGGAUCCUGGAUUGCAGAAAGUUGCGCUAGAGAGCAUGCGGCAAGAAAUUCGUACUGCGACCAGCUCUAUGACUUCAGUGCCCAAGCCACUGAAGUUCUUACGGCCUCAUUAUGGAACUCUACAAGCACACUACGAGAAAAUGUCAGAAUCAGAUUUGAAGAAACUGCUUGCGGACAUACUCUCUGUUUUGGCCUUGACAAUGUCCCCUGAAGGAGAAAGAGUAUGUGGCAUUUAUUAUUUGUUAAUUUUGGUUUUUGCUUGGCUUAAACCUCAAGCUGAGGUUCUUAUUGAACAAAUGAACAGCAUAUUUACUUUUAGUUACAUGUGGGAGUCAGAACUAUGUAAGCUAGAGCUAGUGAAGAAUCUUUACCGCUUCUUUUUAGCUACAGAAGCUGUAAAAGAAAUCCAUUUUGGAAUUGAAGAAUAUUACUUGACAACAUUGCAAUGCUGCAUAUCGAAAAUUUCCAGAUAUCUUCCCGGACCAGAUGACAUGUUAGUUUUGGAUAUUGCACAUUCUAUCUAUAUGAAAUUUGAAGAGUAUCCAAGAGCACUGCAGAUUGCGUUGUAUCUCGAUAACUUCCAGUAUGUGAGUGAACUUUUCCAGCGUUGUAAAGAUCCUCUGAAAAGGCAGCAGUUUUGCUUCAUCCUGGCUCGCCAUGGUGUUUCUUUUGAACUUACUGAAAGCAUGAUUGCAGACGAUGGAGAAAGGUAUGCUUUGCAAGAGAUCAUCAACAAUACCAGAUUGAGUGGAGGCUAUCUAACACUUGCUCGUGAUAUUGAAGUCAUGGAGCCCAAAUCUCCUGAGGAUAUAUACAAGGCACAUCUAAUUGAAGGCCGUGGUAGUGGUGGGGGAACUGUUGAUUCUGCCAGGCAGAAUUUGGCAGCAACAUUUGUUAAUGCAUUUGUAAAUGCUGGUUUUGGUCAGGAUAAGUUGAUGACAGUUCCAGCUGAAGCAUCUAGUGGUGGUUCUUCGUCAAGCUGGCUCUUCAAAAAUAAGGAACAUGGGAAAGCCAGUGCUACAGCAAGUCUGGGCAUGAUUAUGCUUUGGGAUAUUGAUUCUGGACUUGCACAACUGGACAAGUAUUUCCACAGUCCUGACACUCAUGUCGUAGCUGGUGCAUUACUGGGAGUUGGGAUUAUAAACACUAACGUCCAGAGUGAUUGUGAUCCUGCAUUGGCACUAUUGGCGGAGUAUGUGGAGAAAGAAGAUGCUUCGAUUAAAAUAGGUGCAAUAAUGGGUCUAGGUCUUGCAUAUGCAGGUUCUCAAAAUGAGCAAAUACGUAGCAUAUUAAUGCCCCUCCUCCUAGAUGGAAGAUCAUCUGUUGAUGUGAUUGCAUUUGCUGCUAUUGCGUUGGGCCUAGUAUAUGUGGGUUCUUGUAAUGAAGAUGUUGCCCAGAACAUUGUACUUGCAUUGAUGGAACGAAGUGAGGCAGAACUGGGGGACCCCUUAGCUCGUUUCUUGCCUUUGGGCCUCGGUCUGCUUUUCUUAGGGAAGCAGGAAAAUGUUGAAGCUACAGCUGAGGUUUCAAAGACAUUUAAUGAAAAAAUUAGGAAACACUGUGACAUGACCCUCCUAUCUUGUGCAUAUGCAGGAACUGGAAAUGUUCUGAAGGUGCAACACUUCCUGGGUCAGUGCGCACAACAUCUUGAGAAGGGCGAAUCCUACCAGGGGCCAGCUGUUCUAGGAAUUGCUAUGGUAGCAAUGGCUGAAGAACUCGGGCUUGAGAUGGCCAUUCGUUCACUGGAGCAUCUUUUGCAGUACGGGGAGCAGAAUAUUAGAAGGGCUGUUCCAUUGGCACUUGGUCUCCUUUGUGUAUCUAAUCCUAAGGUAAUAUGCUCUUGGUGUCUCCAGGUUUCACGUCGAAAUGCAAGUAUUUAUAUUAUAGAUUCUAAAAUGCAGGUCCGCAUUGCUCAAGGUCUUGUUCAUCUUGGCAAAGGGUUGUUGACUCUUUCUCCUUAUCAUUCUGAACGUGCUCUCCUGUCACCGACUGCACUUGCUGGACUUGUGGUCAUGCUGCACGCAUGUCUCGAUAUGAAGGCUAUAAUCUUGGGGAAAUAUCAUUACGUUCUAUACUUCCUCGUUCUAGCCAUGCAGCCAAGAAUGCUG